AUGGCGUCCGCGGCGCCCGCGUCGCGCGGCGCCGCGCGCGCGUCGACCGCGGCCAGAGACGCGCCGUUCGCCGCCGCCGCGCGGGGCCCGGGCCGGUUCCGAAGAGAUGGAAAUGGAAGGAAUCGUCUCGUCGCCGUUCGCGCGCCGCGAAGAUGGACGACGCGCGCGGCCGCGACGAGCGGCGACGCGAACGUCGUGAUCAAGCCGAAGAAGGAGCGCGCCAAGGUGGACCCGAACGCGGUGCUCCAGGUCCCGCCGAGCCAAAUCCGCAACUUCAGCAUCAUCGCGCACAUCGACCACGGGAAGUCCACGCUCGCGGACACGCUCCUCUCCAAGACGAAGACCGUCGCCGCGCGCGACAUGGAGGCGCAGCUCCUCGACUCCAUGGACAUCGAGCGCGAGCGCGGCAUCACCAUCAAGCUCAACUCCGCGCGCAUGAACUACGUCGCGAACGACGGCGAGACGUACGUGCUCAACCUCAUCGACACGCCGGGGCACGUGGACUUCUCCUACGAGGUGUCUCGGUCGCUCGCCGCGUGCGAGGGCGCGCUGCUCGUCGUGGACGCGAGCCAGGGCGUGGAGGCGCAGACGGUCGCGAACGUGUACCUGGCGCUGGAGAACGACCUGGAGAUCAUCACGGUGUUGAAUAAGAUCGAUCUCCCGGGCGCGGAGCCGGAGCGCGUGAAGGUGCGUUCUAUACACUGGUUCCCAUACGACCGCGUCGGCGUGAGAGAGAUCGAGGACGUGCUGGGUCUGGACACGGAGGACGCCGUCGUCGCGAGCGCCAAGGCGAACAUCGGGAUGGAGGACAUCCUGGAGAACAUCGUGAAGAUGAUCCCGCCGCCGCCGGACACCGGAGACGAACCGCUGCGAGCGCUCAUCUUCGAUUCGUAUUUCGACCCGUACCGCGGCGUCGUCGUCAUCUUCCGCGUCGUCGACGGCAACCUCGGCGUGGGCGACGCGGUGAAGUUCAUGAACACCGGCAAGAGCUACACGAUCGACGAGAUCGGGAUCAUGCGGCCGCAGAAGGUGCCGGUGAACCGUCUGAGCGCGGGCGAGGUUGGGUACAUGAUCGCGAACAUCAAGUCAGUCGCGGACGCGCGCGUGGGAGACACGAUCACGACGACGAAGGAUUCGUCGACGGAGCCUCUCCCGGGGUACUCCGAGGCGACGCCGAUGGUGUACUGCGGCCUGUUCCCCACGGACAGCGACCAGUACGAGGACCUGAGAGUCGCGCUCGGGAAGCUGCAGAUCAACGACGCGGCGCUGCGCUACGAGCCGGAGCAGUCGAGCGCCAUGGGCUUCGGGUUUCGAUGCGGGUUCCUCGGCUUGCUGCACAUGGAGAUCGUACAAGAGCGUCUGGAGCGCGAGUACGACCUCGGGCUCAUCACGACCGCGCCGUCGGUCGUGUACAAGGUGUACACGUCCGACGGCGCGUGCGUGGACAUCGCAAACCCGGCGGAUUUGCCGGACGCGAGCGUCCGCGAUCGCAUCGAGGAGCCGUUCGUCAAGCUCGAGAUGUUCGCGCCGUCGGAUUACGUCGGAUCGCUGAUGGAGCUCGCGCAGCAACGCCGCGGGGAGUUCAUCGACAUGACGUACCUGAGCGAGUCGCGGACGUGUCUGAAGUACGACAUCCCGCUCGGGGAGGUGGUGACGGACUUCUUCGACGAGCUCAAGUCGCGGAGUAAAGGGUACGCGUCGAUGGAGUACUCGUUCAACGAGUACAGAAAGAGCGACUUGGUGCGGUUAGACGUGUUGAUCAAUUACGAGCCCGCGGAUCCGCUCGCGUGCAUCUGCCACAGGGACAAGUCGUACGUCAUGGGGAGAGGGCUGGUGGAUAAGCUCAAGGAGCUCAUCCCGCGGCAGAUGUUUCGGAUUCCGAUCCAGGCGUCCAUCGGGACGAAGGUGAUCGCGUCCACGUCCAUCAGCGCGAUGCGUAAGGACGUGCUCGCGAAGUGUUACGGCGGCGACAUCUCGCGCAAGAAGAAACUUCUGAAGAAGCAAGCCGCGGGGAAGAAGCGCAUGAAGCAGUUCGGGAAGGUGGAGGUGCCGCAGGAGGCGUUCAUGGCGGUGUUGAAGGUGGACCAGAACGCGGGGUCGGGGGGGUGA